ACAAUAGCCCUUGACCUCUCGCAUCUCAUCGCAGGGCUGACGGUGAACGGUCACGUGCUACUGGACUUCCACCAGAAUCCCGACCGGCCGACGCACCGACUACGCGUGGUGUCGGCCUCACUGUGGCUCUACGUGCGCAGCCGCGGCUCCUCUUCUCCGUCGGCCAGCAACCGGACGGCCACCCUGUACGUCUUCCGGGUGGCCGAGUCCAACAGCACCAGCGCCCCGCUCAGCGGAGGCAUGGACUUGCUGGCCGCAGUCGAGGUGGACGCCAGCUCCGCCUCGCACGGUUGGAGGCGCGUCGACCUGCGCGCUGCCGUCCAGCACUGGUUCGCCCCAGCGUCGGGCCACCACGGACACAACGCGCGCAAGAAGCUCACGCUGCUCGUCGAUUGCGUGGGUUGCGGGCCUGCUGGCAUACAGUUCGAAUCUAUAGCGAGAUAUUGUGUAGCGCAUUGCCCACGUGCACCAACUCCUGAAACGUACGCUCGCUUGUCGCAGGUGGCGCAGUUCGAGCGGCGGCAGCGGCGGCGUCCUUUCCUGGCCGUGGCCACCGAGGCAUUGGUGUCGCGGCGGCGCGGCCGGCGGUUCACCAUCACGUGCGGCGAAGGGGUGACGCAGUGCUGCAAGCAGUCGCUGUACGUGAGCUUCGAGGACCUCGGCUGGGACGACUGGAUCAUCGCGCCCAAGGGCUACUUCGCCAACUACUGCAUGGGCGAGUGCGCGGGCCGGCCGCGGACGCCCGACAUGUUCCGCUACUUCCACGCGCACGUGCUCGAGGAGUACCGGCUGCGAAACCCGUACGCCUCCGUGUCGCCCUGCUGCGCGCCCACCAAGCUGUCGCCCAUGUCGCUCAUCUACUUCGACCGAGACCACAACAUCAUCAAGUCGGACCUGCCCAAGAUGAUCGUCGAAGAGUGCGGCUGCACGUAGCGCUCGCCUGCGUAGGACUCCAAGAAAUUCUUUCACGUCUCCUUCCCUACC